AUGGAUGAAGUUGGAAUCACUGAAUAUGUGAAAGGAGAUAAACGCAAGUUUGAAAUCUGGUAUGCUGGGAAAGAAGAAAUUUAUAUUGUCCAGGCUUCAAAUAUGGAUGUGAAGAUGAUAUGGCUAAAAGAGAUAAGAAAUAUUUUAUUGAAGCAACAAGAACUUCUGACAGUUAAAGAACAACAGCAGCGUAAUCAGUUAACUGAACAGGAUCAGCUUUCGUCUCAACAGAAUGAUGAAAGGCAACAGCGAGCUUUUGCAGUCCCCAAGAUAACUAAACCUGAGCACACCAGCACUGUGGUAAGGGUCCAGGAGGCAACCUCAACAGUUCAGGAGGGAGCAAAUACAGUUUGGACUGAAGAAAUCUCUGAAGGCCGUGAGCCAUGGUUAAACAACUAUUUCUCUUCUUCCUAUGUUGAUGAUGGAGAAGAAAAAACACUACUGCUACUGUAUUAA